GGUGCCACAGGGGGGGGGGGAGUCGCCGCCAUUUUGUUUCGCUGGCGGGAGAGAGAAUUUUGGCUCCGUAGGGCCCCGGGACAGUGGCUCUCUAUUCUCCUUCUUCUUUCCGUCUCACAGGGCCAGCCGCGGGGCUCCCGGGGGCCAAAACAAUGUAUAUCAAGCAGGUGAUCAUUCAGGGCUUCCGGAGCUACAGAGAUCAAACGAUCGUCGAUCCAUUUAGUUCCAAGCACAAUGUUAUUGUGGGAAGAAAUGGAUCGGGGAAAAGUAAUUUUUUCUACGCCAUUCAGUUUGUACUCAGUGAUGAAUUCAGCCAUCUCCGUCCAGAGCAAAGGCUGGCAUUACUACAUGAAGGAACUGGGCCCCGUGUUAUUUCUGCUUUUGUAGAAAUUAUAUUUGAUAACUCCGACAACAGAUUACCAAUUGACAAAGAAGAGGUUUCCCUCCGGAGAGUGAUUGGUGCCAAAAAAGAUCAGUAUUUCCUGGACAAGAAAAUGGUGACAAAAAACGAUGUAAUGAAUCUUCUUGAAAGCGCAGGUUUUUCUCGUAGCAAUCCUUACUACAUUGUCAAGCAAGGCAAGAUUAACCAGAUGGCCACAGCGCCCGACUCUCAAAGACUGAAGCUGCUGAGGGAGGUAGCUGGGACAAGAGUAUAUGAUGAACGUAAAGAAGAAAGUAUCUCCUUAAUGAAAGAAACUGAGGGUAAGCGAGAGAAAAUCAAUGAACUACUGAAAUACAUUGAGGAAAGGCUGCACACCCUGGAGGAGGAAAAGGAAGAGCUGGCUCAGUAUCAGAAGUGGGACAAGAUGCGUAGGGCCUUGGAAUAUACCAUUUACAACCAGGAGCUGAAUGAGACUCGGGCAAAGCUUGACGAGCUUUCUUCAAAGCGUGAGACAAGUGGAGAGAAAUCCCGGCAGUUAAGAGAUGCCCAGCAGGACGCCAGAGACAAAAUGGAGGAUAUAGAACGGCAAGUUCGUGAAUUUAAAUCGAAGAUCUCUGCAAUGAAAGAGGAGAAAGAACAGCUCAGUUCCGAGAGGCAGGAGCAAAUUAAACAAAGGACCAAGUUAGAACUUAAAGCUAAGGAUUUGCAGGAUGAACUUGCUGGGAACAGUGAACAACGUAAACGACUGUUAAAGGAAAGGCAAAAGUUACUAGAGAAAAUUGAGGAAAAGCAAAAAGAGCUUGCUGAGACUGAACCAAAGUUCUCCAGCGUGAAACAAAAAGAGGAGAGCGGGAUUGCAAGGCUGGCCCAGGCUACGCAGGAAAGAACAGAUCUCUAUGCCAAGCAAGGCCGUGGCAGCCAGUUUACCUCAAAAGAAGAGAGAGAUAAGUGGAUUAAAAAAGAGCUGAAGUCCUUGGACCAGGCUAUCAAUGAUAAAAAGCGCCAGAUUGCAGCCAUUAACAAGGACUUAGAAGAUACUGAAGCAAAUAAGGAGAAGAAUCUGGAACAGUACACUAAAUUGGAUCAGGACUUAAGUGAAGUAAAGGCUCGAGUUGAAGAACUGGAUAAAAAAUACUAUGAAGUGAAAAACAAAAAAGAUGAGCUCCAGAGUGAGAGAAAUUACUUAUGGAGGGAGGAGAAUGCAGAACAGCAAGCCCUUGCUGCCAAAAGGGAAGAUCUUGAGAAGAAACAACAGCUCCUCAGGGCUGCAACUGGAAAGGCAAUUUUAAAUGGCAUUGACAGCAUCAAUAAAGUGCUGGAGCACUUCAGGCGGAAAGGCAUAAAUCAGCAUGUAAUCAACGGCUAUCAUGGCAUAGUGAUGAAUAACUUCGACUGUGAGCCAGCUUUCUACACCUGUGUCGAGGUCACUGCUGGAAACAGGUUGUUCUAUCAUAUUGUCGACUCGGAUGAGGUCAGCACCAAGAUAUUAAUGGAGUUUAAUAGAAUGAAUCUGCCUGGAGAAGUAACGUUUCUGCCUCUCAACAAACUGGAUGUGAGGGACACUGCCUACCCAGAGACUAACGAUGCCAUUCCAAUGAUAAGCAAGCUUCGCUACAAUCAUCGAUUUGAUAAAGCUUUCAAGCAUGUGUUUGGAAAGACUCUUAUAUGCCGCAGUAUGGAAGUAUCCACUCAGCUGGCCAGGGCCUUCACUAUGGAUUGCAUCACCUUGGAAGGUGAUCAGGUGAGCCAUCGGGGGGCCCUAACAGGAGGCUACUAUGAUACAAGAAAGUCUCGACUUGAACUCCAGAAAGAUGUCCGCAAAGUGGAGGAUGAGCUUCAUGCUCUGGAGGCAAAGCUGAAUGAGAACCUGCGCAGAAACAUUGAGAGGAUUAACAAUGAAAUCGAUCAGCUAAUGAACCAGAUGCAGCAGAUUGAGACCCAGCAGAGGAAGUUUAAAGCUUCUCGGGACAGUAUCUUAUCAGAGAUGAAAAUGCUCAAAGAAAAGCGGCAGCAGUCAGAGAAAACCUUCAUGCCUAAGCAACGAAGUCUGCAGAGUCUGGAGGCGAGUUUACACGCCAUGGAGUCGACUAGGGAGUCUCUGAAAGCUGAAUUGGGCACAGACCUGCUGUCACAGCUUAGUCUAGACGACCAAAAAAGGGUGGAUGCCCUAAACGAUGAGAUUCGACAGCUGCAGCAAGAAAACAGGCAGCUCCUGAAUGAGAGGAUAAAGCUGGAGGGAACAAUCACUCGGGUGGAGACCUACCUUAAUGAGAAUCUUAGAAAGAGGCUGGACCAAGUGGAACAGGAGCUGAAUGAGUUACGGGAGACAGAGGGGGGCACGGUACUUACCGCUACUACGUCUGAAUUGGAAGCCAUUAACAAACGCGUAAAGGAUACGCUUGCACGAUCUGAAGGUCUGGAUGGUACAAUUGACAAAACAGAAGUGGAGAUCAAAGAUCUCGUGAAAAGCAUGGACCGGUGGAAGAACAUGGAGAAGGAGCACAUGGAGGCCAUUAACCACGACACCAAAGAGUUGGAGAAGAUGACAAACCGGCAGGGGAUGCUCCUGAAGAAGAAGGAGGAGUGUAUGAAGAAGAUCCGGGAGCUCGGCUCUCUCCCACAGGAGGCCUUUGAAAAGUACCAGACCCUCAGUUUAAAACAGUUAUUCAGGAAGUUGGAGCAGUGCAACACCGAGCUGAAGAAGUACAGCCACGUGAAUAAAAAGGCUUUGGACCAGUUUGUAAACUUCUCCGAGCAAAAGGAGAAACUGAUAAAGCGACAGGAGGAGUUGGACCGGGGGUAUAAAUCCAUCAUGGAACUCAUGAAUGUUCUAGAGCUGAGGAAGUACGAGGCCAUCCAGCUCACAUUCAAACAGGUGUCCAAGAAUUUCAGUGAAGUGUUCCAGAAGUUGGUUCCGGGCGGCAAGGCCACGCUGGUGAUGAAGAAGGGGGACGUGGAGGGGAGUCAGUCACAGGACGAGGGGGAGGGCAGCGCAGAGGGCGAGAGGGGCUCCGGUGCCCAUAGCAGUGUCCCUUCUGUCGACCAAUUCACAGGCGUGGGCAUUAGGGUCUCAUUUACGGGGAAACAGGCAGAGAUGAGGGAAAUGCAGCAGCUGUCUGGGGGGCAGAAGUCAUUGGUGGCUUUAGCACUUAUAUUCGCCAUCCAGAAAUGUGACCCCGCCCCCUUCUACUUGUUUGAUGAAAUUGACCAGGCCCUGGACGCUCAGCACAGGAAGGCUGUGUCAGAUAUGAUUAUGGAGUUGGCGUCCCACGCGCAGUUCAUUACCACGACUUUCCGGCCUGAAUUGUUGGAGUCGGCAGACAAGUUUUAUGGAGUCAAAUUUAGAAACAAGGUCAGUCACAUUGAUGUGAUCACAGCGGAGCAGGCAAAGGACUUUGUGGAAGACGACACGACUCACGGCUGAGCGGCGCCCCCCAGAGUCAUUUCCCUGCACAUAUUGUACAGACUGUUCCCUAUUGUGUAUAUUUAAGUGGGGGGGGGGGGGGGUCUCCCUCAUGUAGAGGUUUAGGAGUCGGGUUUUAUCACGUUGGACUGCAAGCUUCUGUGUCUGUAUCCUGAGCUGUAGCAGCCAUUUUUAUGUCCAUUGUUGCUAUGUGAUUUUUAUAUAAAGGCUUUGUACUUUUAUUUCCUUUACCUGAAUAUCUGCCCCCACCCUGUUCCUCUGCCCCUUCCCUUUGUUGUUUUAAAGGUUUUGGGAAAAAUGCAUUUCAAUUCCUGCUUUUAACCAAAUUUCCUUGUUUUCCUUUUAAAUUGCUCAAUAAAACCAUUGCUUUUA